AUGUCUGACCCAGUAGUUCUGCGUAGCAUCAAGAGAGUGGGAGAGGAUAAUUAUGCUUUUGACUCAGAUGGCAAAUGUAAGAACUUCAAGAAAUCAGGAAAUUUCUACGCAUAUGAAGAACCUUUUAUAGAGAAGAAAAGUGAAAAGUCAUCAAAGAAGAAAGAAAACAGUGUUCGUGUUGGCUUCUUUCAGCUGUUUCGAUUUUCAUCAUCUAUGGAGAUUUUAAUGAUGGUUGCUGGUAGUUUGUGUGCUAUUGUUCACGGAGUGGCCCAACCAGCUGUGCUGCUUGUGUUUGGUGCAAUGGCAGACACAUUUAUCGAAUAUGACAUUGAAAUGCAAGAGCUUAAAGACCCAAACAAGACAUGUGUAAAUAACACCAUAGUGUGGAUUAAUGGUACUAUUCAUCACAAUGAAAAGAACGCCACAAUAAGAUGUGGGCUGCUGGACAUUGAACAGGAAAUGACCAAGUUUGCAGGAUACUAUGCAGGAAUUGGUUGUGCCAUACUUGUGUUAGGAUACCUCCAAAUCUGCUUUUGGGUUAUGUCUGCAGCUCGUCAGAUACAGAAAAUCAGGAAAGCUUAUUUCAGGAAAAUAAUGCGAAUGGAUAUAGGCUGGUUUGACUGUACAUCUGUAGGAGAACUGAACACCCGAAUUUCUGAUGAUGUUAACAAAAUUAAUGAGGCUAUUGCUGAUCAAGUAGCAAUCUUCAUCCAGCGUAUAACCACCUUUGUAGGUGGAUUCCUCCUGGGCUUUGUCAGUGGCUGGAAAUUGACCUUGGUUAUCAUUGCAGUCAGCCCUCUGCUUGGGGUUGGAGCAGCCCUCUAUGGCUUGGCUGUGGCAAAACUAACAGGCCGAGAAUUAAAGGCUUAUGCAAAAGCUGGAGCUGUGGCUGACGAGGUGCUCUCAUCCAUCAGAACAGUGGCUGCUUUUGGUGGGGAGAAGAAAGAAGUUGAAAGAUAUGAUAAGAACUUGGUGUUUGCUCAGCACUGGGGAAUUCGAAAAGGAAUGAUAAUGGGAUUAUUCAGUGGUUACAUGUGGUGUAUAAUUUUUCUAAGUUAUGCAUUAGCCUUUUGGUAUGGCUCUAAACUUGUCCUUGAGGAAGAAGAAUAUUCACCUGGCACUCUUCUGCAGGUUUUCUUUGGUGUUUUAAUAGGAGCAUUAAAUCUUGGCCAGGCAUCUCCCUGUCUGGAAGCCUUUGCCACUGGUCGUGGGGCUGCAACAAACAUUUUUGAGACAAUAGAUAAAAAACCCACCAUUGACUGCAUGUCAGAAGAUGGCUACAAGCUGGAUAAAGUACGAGGGGAAAUUGAAUUUCAUAAUGUAACAUUCAAUUAUCCAUCCAGACCAGACAUAAAGACUUUGGAUAACCUUAAUAUGGUGAUUAAAGCAGGAGAGACAACAGCUUUUGUUGGAUCUAGUGGAGCUGGGAAAAGUACAACAAUACAGCUCAUCCAGCGUUUCUAUGACCCCACUGAUGGGAUGAUUACGCUGGAUGGCCACGACAUCCGUUCCCUGAAUAUCCAGUGGCUGCGCUCACAGAUCGGCGUGGUUGAGCAGGAGCCAGUGCUCUUUGCCACCACCAUUGCAGAGAACAUUCGCUACGGCCGGGACGAGGCUACCAUGGAGGACAUCAUCCAAGCAGCCAAGCAGGCCAAUGCUUACAACUUCAUCAUGGACUUACCACAGAAAUUUGACACUCAUGUUGGAGAGGGUGGAAGCCAGAUGAGUGGAGGUCAAAAACAGAGGAUAGCUAUUGCUCGAGCCUUGGUGCGAAACCCCAAAAUCCUGCUCCUGGAUAUGGCUACAUCAGCACUGGAUAAUGAAAGUGAAGCAAUUGUCCAAGAAGCACUUCAUAAGGCUCGCCUCGGCCGCACGGCGAUCUCCAUCGCUCACCGCCUGUCAGCCAUCAAAGCCGCCGAUGUCAUCAUCGGCUUUGAGCACGGCAGGGCUGUAGAGAGAGGAACUCACGAGGAACUCCUGCAGAGAAAAGGGGUUUAUUUCAUGUUGGUGACCUUACAAAGCAAAGGAGACACAGCACCUAACAAAGAAGAAACACAAACAGCAGAGAAUAAUGUGGUGGAGCCAAAUCUUGAGAAUGUUCAGUCAUUCAGCAGGGGAAGCUAUCAGGCCAGUUUGCGAGCUUCACUCCGGCAGCGCUCAAGAUCCCAGCUCUCUAACGUGGUCCCUGACCCUCCACUGUCUAUUGGAGGAGACCAUGCAGAGUCCAACUAUCUUGCCCCUUCUUAUGGAGAAGAUGAUGGAAAAGCAAAAAAGGAAUCUGUUGUGGAGGAAGAUGCCAAGCCUGUACCAUUUACCAGAAUUUUGAAAUACAAUGCCUCUGAAUGGCCAUACCUGGUGCUUGGAUCUCUGGCAGCAGCUGUGAAUGGAGCCGUCAAUCCACUCUAUGCUUUGUUAUUCAGUCAGAUCCUUGGGACCUUCUCCAUUCUUGAUGAAGAAAACCAAAAAAACCAGAUCAAUGGUGUCUGCGUGCUCUUUGUCUUAGUCGGAGUUCUCUCAUUUUUCACACAAUUUCUCCAGGGAUACACCUUUGCCAAGUCUGGGGAGCUGCUUACAAGAAGGUUAAGGAAAAUUGGUUUCCAGGCCAUGCUCGGCCAAGACAUUGGUUGGUUUGAUGACCGGAAGAACAGCCCCGGGGCUUUGACUACCAGGCUUGCAACAGACGCCUCACAGGUCCAAGGGGCAACUGGAUCGCAGAUAGGAAUGAUUGUCAAUUCCUUUACUAACAUUGGGGUGGCCAUGAUCAUUGCCUUCUACUUCAGCUGGAAACUGAGUUUGGUAAUAAUGUGUUUCCUGCCAUUUUUGGCUUUAUCUGGAGCUGUGCAGGCUAAAAUGCUGACAGGAUUUGCCUCGCAGGACAAGAAAGCACUGGAAGCUACUGGACGGAUUGCCAGUGAAGCUCUCUCUAACAUCAGAACAGUAGCUGGGAUAGGAAAAGAGAAAAUGUUUAUUGAGAAUUUUGAGAAGCACCUGGAUAUGCCCUACAAAGCUGCAAUCAAAAAAGCACACGUGUACGGAGUCUGCUUUGGCUUUGCCCAGAGCAUCGUGUUCAUUGCCAACUCCGUCUCUUACCGCUACGGGGGAUUUCUCGUUGACGCUGAAGGGCUCCAUUACAGCUUUGUGUUCAGGGUGAUCUCUGCAAUUGUCACCAGUGGAACUGCAUUGGGAAGAGCUUCUUCCUACACGCCAAACUACGCCAAAGCCAAAACAUCUGCUGCACGCUUUUUUCAACUGGUAGAUCGGAUUCCUAAAAUCAGUGUUUACAGUGAAAAAGGGGAAAAAUGGGAUGAUUUCAAGGGAAGCAUUGAAUUUCUUAACUGUAAAUUCACAUACCCUUCUCGGCCUGAUAUUCAGGUCCUGAAAGGACUCUCUAUAUCUGUUAAACCUGGACAGACUUUGGCAUUUGUUGGAAGUAGUGGCUGUGGUAAAAGCACCAGUGUGCAACUUCUGGAGCGUUUCUAUGACCCUGAGAAAGGAAGUGUGUUAAUAGAUGGACAUGACUCUAAGAACGUAAAUGUGCAGUUUCUUAGAUCAAAAAUCGGAAUAGUGUCACAGGAGCCUGUGCUAUUUGACUGCAGCAUUGCUGAUAAUAUCAAAUAUGGCAGUAACACAAAAGAAGCAACAAUGGAAAAAGUCAUAGAAGCAGCCCAGAAGGCUCAACUGCAUGAUUUUGUCAUGUCUCUGCCUAACAAAUAUGAAACUAAUGUUGGGGCUCAGGGAUCCCAGCUGUCUCGUGGGCAAAAGCAACGCAUUGCCAUAGCAAGGGCCAUCAUACGAGACCCUAAAAUUUUAUUACUGGAUGAAGCUACAUCUGCCUUAGACACGGAAAGUGAAAAGACUGUGCAGGCAGCCCUGGAUAAAGCCAGAGAAGGGCGCACCUGCAUCGUCAUCGCCCACCGCUUGUCCACCAUCCAGAACGCCGACAUCAUUGCUGUGAUGUCCCAAGGACUCGUCAUUGAAAGGGGCACUCAUGAUGAACUGAUGGCCAUGGAAGGAGCCUACUGGAAACUUGUUACUACUGGGGCCCCAAUUAGCUGAAUUACUGUGAUUCUCAAUUUGAAAGAUUUCUGUAAGCAAAUACUUUGUGGUAGGUGUGUGUAUUUUGGUGCUACAUUGUGCUACAGAGGGAGUGCUCUACAAUACAGUGAGAUCUGUGGAACCCUUAAUAUAUGUAGCUGUCUGCAUCAAGCACACUUGGCCAGCACAUGCAAGGCACUAAGCACAGGCUGAUGCAUUUAGGAAGUAUCUUAGCCCACUGAUAAGGGAAAAAACCCCUGAAACAGGGAAAGAUCUUUCCUGGUGAUCUGGGGAGUUGCCACUACCUGCAGUCAGACUGCACAGUCCUUUGAUACCUAACCUAGCAAUCAAGGAAGACUCUGGUGUUCAGGAAACUGCCCUUUCUCUAGGGAAGCUGAAUGAGUGAAAACAACCCUUCAAAUGAUGCUGUACAUCUGAAGGGACCCGAUCUGUGCUAAAGUUUGGUCUGCAGCUGAUUUCAGCAGAGGCCUUUCCUGUGCAUGCAGAAGCCCCACUCCUUCACCCACUGCACCACACACAUCAGCUGUGCUGUUGGGGGAGGCUGGGCUUCCCUUGUGUGCACCUGCAGCACUGACACAGCUGUGCCCCUUCAACAAACCACUCAGUACUUGCAAAGAAGGCAGCUCCACAAAAGUAAGGAAAGCAACCAAGGUAAGGAACAGAAGCUGGUGAGGAUGAUUUCCUAGCCCACCACUCUCCAGCUAAUACUCAUCAUUCUAAUCAGCUGUCAAAAAGAUUUUUGAAUAGGAAUAAAUGCCUCGGUUAAAUUAAUGUAAAAUUCUAUGGUUAAUAAUCAGUUAUUUAAACCACUUCUACUGAAAUGGUGAUGGAUGUGUUCUUUUAUCAGAAGAUAAUACAAUCAUGAGUGGAGGUAGGAAAAAUAGGCAUAAUUAGUUCUUUGUAUUAAAUACAGUUGAUAAACAGAGCAACAAUAUAUUCAUAAAUUACAAAGGUCAGGAAGGAGCUUCUUUUGGUAGAAACUUGUAUCUGUCACAGUUUAUUGUAGCAUCUACCACAAGUUUCACUGAAAUAUGUUAUUGGUUAUUGUCUGCAGCAGAACAGGACUGUUUCCUUUAGUGACUAGGAUCUUGGAGAAAAGCAUAUAGAAAGAAAGCAUGGAUAACAGUUUCAAUAUUUAAAUAUUGAUUUUAAACAACAGAAUAUUAACUGGAGGUCAUUCUCCAUGUGCUAAAAUCUGCAUCUGGGCUAGGUAGGGGGUGGGCAGGCAAGUUUCUACUCACUUUAUAAGAAGUCACACCACUUUUUAUAAAAUACUGCAACAACAGCAGUACUGUAAAUAGAGCUGUAAGGGUAAAAAUGUUAUUAGGAUACAUCCCUUAAUUCCAGGCAGCAAAACCCAAUUUCAACUUUUAUACAACUCCAUUAACAGACUCACUUCCACAUACCCUAUUGAAAUCACACAACCAGCACUGAAAUGGCAAUUUCUCUAUGGAAGUCUGUAUUUUAAACCUUAGCUGAAAAGUAAAAGGAAAAGCUGCAUUAUUUGCUUUAAUCUUUUUAGCCUUUUUACAUUUCAGAGCAAUAAGUAGUUUGAUGGCUCAGGAAACUAUUGACAGAGUGACUAUCAAUAACCUGCAGACACAUGUAUAUGGUAUUUAAUUAAUAUUAUUAUUUAAGGACACAGAAAAAUAGUAACUCUUCAUU